GCGAAAGUAAAGAUCUUAGAGUGUAUAAAUAAGGUAAGAAUUUUAUGCAAAAGUAAAAAAUUUCUAAUUUAGAUCAUUAUCUGAUACAUUUUUCAACAUAAUGUUACAAAGGAAUAUAGUUUCGGUCUUUCUUGUUAUAUUUUUUAGCAGAAUUAAAUGUGAAGACGAAGUAAGGACAAUUAAUUGGACCAUUCCCGAUGGAGAGAUACAAGGCCAAAUUCAUAGAACAGUCAACAACAACCUCUCCUACUGUAGCUUUAGAGGAAUUCCUUAUGCAAAACCUCCAGUGAACAAUCUUAGAUUUGCUAGCCCAAUUGAAAAUGACCCAUGGGAAGGUCUUCAUGACGCAACUCAUGACCGAUCUGAAUGUACCCAGUAUGCCUCUGGUGAUUUACUAGGGGACGAAAUGUUAGGGUCCGAAGAUUGUUUGUACAUCAAUGUUUAUAUUCCAUCUAAAGCAAUUGAUCCCAAGGCAAAUCUAUCAGUAUUAGUUUGGAUCCAUGGUGGUUCUUUUACAUCAGGCAAUUCAAGUUACGUCAAGUUCGGACCCGACUAUUUUCUUGAUCAAAAUUUAGUUUUUGUUUCUUUUAAUUAUAGGCUUGGUAUAUUUGGUUUUUUCAGUACCGAAGACGGAGCAUGUCCAGGCAAUUGGGGCAUCAAAGAUCAAAUUUUAGCUUUGAAGUGGGUCCAAAAAAAUAUUGCCUAUUUCGGCGGCAGGCCUGAUAACGUAACUGUUUUUGGUCAGAGUGCCGGUGCUGUUUCGGUUAACUUAUUGUUGCAAACAAAACUUGCCGAAGGUUUAUUUCAUGGAGCUAUACUUUCUAGUGGCACUAGUUUAAAUUUGUGGGGGUUGAAUACGAGAGCCUCUUUAACGUCGACACUUUUAGGGUUCAAUUUGGGCAUCGAUAGUAGUAACAGCACUGAAUUGGUGGAACAACUUAGAAGUGUUAACGCUGAAAAGAUUCAGAAAGUUGGAUGGACAACAGUUUUGACUCUUUUCUUAACUAACGCUCUCAGAGGUCUCCCCUGGGCCCCCGUCAUGGAACCAAAUAUAGAAGGGGCUGUUCUAAAGGACCCCAGCGAAUUUUCUUUAAGUCAAGGAAAUUUCUCAAAAGUCCCCGUCUUAAUGGGGAUGAAUAGUAACGAGGCUGCUGUGUUUACCGAAGUUCCUUUUCUGUUGAAAUUAUAUUUGCUUUACUAUGACGUCGUGGUGUCUUAUUUGACUCCAUAUAGCAUGACAAAGGAUAGUGUUAAGCGACUGGCAGCAGGAGAAUAUAUAAAAUUACACUUUUUUGGCCUACUUCCUAUACCUACAUCAGCUGAAAAACUUAUCAACUUUGUGUCAGCAGAUCAAUUCUUUAGGCCAAUAAGACAAGCUUGCACAUUAAUGUCCCAACAUGUCAAUGCGUUCUUCUACAUUUUUGGAUAUACAGAUCCUGCAUUAGGUGCAACAGAAUCCGAUACUGGUGUCGGACAUGGUGGAGAUUUACAAUAUGUAUUCAGAUCUUAUGAUAAUAAUACCAAAACUGACGUUCAAGUUUCUGAAAUGUUGGUGAAGCUUUAUAGUAAUUUUGUUAAAUACGGCAAUCCAACUCCGAUUGAAGAUUCAGCUUUUAACAACACAAUCUGGCCCUCUGUCAAUGCGUCAGCUUCAAAUCUCGAUUACGUGUGGCUGAACCAGUCCAUGGUAGUUGAUGUGAAUCCAAAACAAGAAAUUUUUGAAUAUUAUUCGGAAGUGUGGAGCACGUUUGGCGAUGAGACCGAAAUGACGACUUAUUAGUUUCAAGAUCAUUCAUUUUCAUAGAUGUUCUCUUUGUUUUGUAUGGAAAUUAUUAGAAUAUAAAACUUUUUUGCAGGUCAUCUUAGUAA